AUGGUCUCCAGGCUGGGCAUCUUUGGUGCACGCUACCAGAAUGCCUGCAUAGCACACCGAGAGGCUCCAGAUUCAGAGAAUAAAUGGAAGAUGAAGUUGAAUGGGAGUGAAGUAUUAGGAUUUCUGGUAUGGAUAUUGAUUGCUGGAACAGAAUAUUUCCUGUACCCUGUAUUUGGCUGGAUAAUGUUUGUGGCUGUGUUUUACUGGAUUCUUACACUCUUCUUUUUAAUCAUCUACAUGACAAUGGCAUAUACUAGGAUUCCUCAAGUGCCAUGGACCACAGUCGGUCUGUGUUUUAAUGGCAGUGCCCUUCUCUUGUACUUAAUUGCUGCUAUUUCAGAAGCAUGUGCAGUCACCAAAGAACUUGACAACCACAGUUACAAUAGUUGGGCAGCAUCUUCGUUCUUUGCCUUCGUUGUCACUUCCUGCUAUGGUGGAAAUACGUAUUUUAGUUUUGUAUCUUGGAGAUCACGGACCUUGCAAUAAGUAUUAUAUUUUAAUAAAAUAGCAACUCUGUAUGUAAAUGUUACAUAAUUUUGAUUAAAAUGUGUAGGUAAUGUGGUUUUUACUCAGAAGUAAAAACAAAUGGUUCCAUUUGCGAAUUAUGGAAAGGAUCAUUCACCUGACAGGAAUGGUUCUGCACCCUGUUCUCUCAUUAACUUCUUCACUGGGAAUAAUCAUUGCUUUUUGUGACAAAGCUGUUACCACAAACAAGAAGCAGAAGGAAAAAUUGAUGGCGUAGGAGAGAAGAGAAGAAAGCAUGGAAGCCACUCAAUGUUAUUUCCACUGAGGGCACUUCCAUACAAUAUUGUGCCAUUUUGAAAGCUGCUGUAAACCUCGGGGUUCCUGUCAACAGUGUUAGAGAGCUGUGCUAUCUGCAGCUCAGCUUUGAUGUGCAGUGGCAGUGGGUUUUAUUUUUGUUUUCUUGUGUUUGUAUACUGUGAUUCUUUUUCCAUUGGAGGGAACCAUUGCCUCACUCCUCCUGAUCUUCAGGCUUUGCAAGAGAAGUGUCAUCUUGAUGGAAUGACAGAGGGUUUGUCGAUUUCUCCUUUCAACAUGGGACAAGGCAUGAGAAGUCCAAGACUACUAGAGCUUUACUUUCCUUUUUUGUGUUAAAUGGUGAGGUGAUUUUUGUUGUUACAGCAAUGGCAGUAGCUUGGGUGAAGCAGUGAUUUUUCACUCGAGUUUCUCAGCAUUUCUACUUGACAGAAAUGGUCACAGAUCACCUUCAAACUGGUUCUGAAGGUUUGGGGAAUGAAAUCAACAGCAUGAAAGAGCCCUGAACCACAAUGAACAAACCAUAUGCAUGUAAAGCAUGUUAUACAAUCUUAGGCCAUGUAACCUUCUCCCCCCCCCCCCCCAUAGCUUGGGAUAACCAUGACUAAGUCAUCCAUUGGUAAGCAUGCUUAUGUGAAUUCAGCACUGGUAUGUUCUCAAUGACAAAACUAUAGUAUAAUUGAUCGUCUAUAGAUUAUAUAGAGUGUACAUCUAAGUAAACAUGGAAGCCUUGCAUUGUAAAUCUAUAGACCUUGGGCUGAAGUAAGCCCAACUGAAUUCCUUCAUAUUGAAUACAGAAUUCACUUAAUUCUUUCUGGUGUGUGUAUGUAGGACUGAAUUCUUAAUUACAUUUGAUGGCAUUAACAGCUGUGCCUAUGUGACAUGGAUGACCCAGUCAUAUCCUCCUCUGUAGGUUCACUCUUCUGGGUGCCAACCACACAUGGCCCAGAAUCACUAUAGCUAACAGCCCUGUCUUUAGACUUGCAGCAGUUCCCUUCUCCCUUCCAGCCUUACCUUCAAGUAAGUAGUUCAUCUAAUCUCGAGGGAAUCAGUUUUGUCCAAAAAAAGACCAGGCCUCUUAGUUUACCUGUUCCUCGCCCUUAGUCAUGACCCACUUAAAAUGUUUCCAUUCAAGCAUUGUACUAACAGGGCCACUGUAUGAUUAAUAUGGACUGAUUUAAAAUCUGUGAAAACUAUUGUAACAGGAAAAAAAAAUGUAUCUUCUCUCAGAUAAAAUACUGCAAAUAGAACAUGUUACUCUUUGUAUCAAUUCAUAUUUCCUUAGGUAGUGUACAGUACUGUAACAAAAUGAGUGGACUUCUCAGUUGUUUUCUUCAUAAAUACUCUUGUCCAAUCAUUCAUUUAUUCAUUAGCAAAAUCCACUUUUUCUUAGAACUUGCUCUUCCAAGCAAAUGUGUAUAAGCUUUCAAGGCUGCAGGCUUAUUACCAGUGAGAUAUAGAUGGGAAUAGUUUAUAAUUCAUUAGGGUACAUAUAUUUAGGAAAGUAACUGAAUAUAAGAAAUGCAUUACUGUAAUAUCCUUGCACAGAUCUGUAGUAGUAUC